AUGUGUUUGAAAAACGCUUACCGUGUUUACGAGAUCAUGAUAAACAGAUCUACCAUAUCAAAGAGCUCUAAUAAAAGAAAGUAUGACAACUACAACCCAUCAGCUGCUCAAAUCGCAAUUGAUGCGCAAACUGCGCAAACUGCUCACACCACUUCUAACGUUGCUGGUAAAGUUUUCAAUAGAUUUGUUGUCAUUUGGUUGGAAAAUACCAAUUUUGAUAAAGCUGCUGAAAAUUCAGAUAUGGAAUGGCUAGCUGCUCAAGGUAUCACUUUGGAUAAUUAUUGGGCCAUCACACAUCCUUCUGAACCAAAUUAUAUGGCUGCUGUUGGUGGUGAUUAUUUUGCUUUAGAUGACGAUAGAUUUAUUUCGUUACCAUCGAAUGUUUCAACUAUUGUUGAUUUACUGGACACAAAAGGUAUUUCUUGGGCUGAAUAUCAAGAACACUUACCAUAUACUGGUUACAAUGGAUUUGAGUACAAAAAUCAACAGACUUUUGGUAAUGACUAUGUUAGAAAGCACAACCCUUUGGCAUUAUUUGAAUCUGUUAACAAAAAUGAAGAAAGGUUACAAAACAUCAAGAAUUUUACUGUUUUCCAAGAAGAUUUAGAGAAUGAGAAAUUACCACAAUGGUCUUUCGUCACUCCAAAUAUGACAAAUGAUGGGCAUGAUUCUAAUAUUAAUGUUGCCUCUUCAUGGUCUAGAGAUUUUUUGACUCCACUGUUGAAUAAUGAAUAUUUCAUGAAAGAUACAUUAAUUUUGUUAACUUUUGAUGAAAAUGAAAACUACAGAUUGAAAAACAGAGUUUAUGCCGUUUUGUUAGGUGGUGUUAUCCCAGAAAAUAAGAAAGGUACCAUUGACCAUACUUUUUAUGAGCAUUAUUCAGAAAUUUCAAGUGUUGAAGCUAACUGGGAUUUACCAAAUUUGGGUCGUAAUGAUGUUGAUGCUAAUGUGUUUGAUAUUGUUGCAUCUGCUGUUGGUAUUAAAAAUGAUGAAGUUGAUACAACUUACAAAGUUAACAAUCAAACCUAUAUUGGUUAUUUAAAAGAUGAUACCAUUGAUCUUCCAGCUCCAAAUGUCAAUGCGGUUGGUAAGAAUGGUAGAGGUGUUUUGGAUUCAAUUUCAUCUGUUUGGGCUGAUAAAUACUCAAGUCAACUUUCAGAGUCAUACUUUACUUCAACUACUACAACUGCUGUUUGGAGUAUUGGUGAUGCUACAACUACAGCUGCAACUUUCAAGUUCAACUUUGUCUGCAACCAUGUCAAGCCACAACAUUAUUCCAUCAGCUUCAACUCAAACCUCUGA